UGAAAUUCCCAACCGGAACCUCUGUGUGUCAAACUGUAUUUGUUUGAAGCUGUUUGUUUACAGAUGCGAUUUAUCGGAGAAAUGUCCUAAAACAAGCUGGACUGAAUCGCUUUAAUUCAUCAUAAUGAAGCUGAGAGUUCGGAUCCUGCGUCAGACGAGUCGCGUCGAAUUAUCCGGAGAAGAUCCGAGUCUGAAGGACCUCUCGGAUCUGAUCAGAGAGACGCUGCUUUCUGCACAUGGACUCAGGUCGGACAGUGCCUUCAGCUUGUCUCUGAACGGCUCCGAGCUGCUCUCUGUGGCCGGGACGACUUUGUCUUCCUGCGACAUCGUGUCUGGAGAUCUGAUCUGCGUCCUGCUGCCGAACAACGACGGAACAAAUCCUUCCAAGAACAAAUCCUCCUGCAGCUCCAACACGCCCAUCUACCAAAGCUGCUCCUCUUCAUCCGCCUCAUCAUCAUCUUCCUCAUCUUUCACCUCCUGCAGCUCCUCCUCCUCCUUUAAAUCCUGCAGCUCCUCCUCAGACAACCAGCAGUCGGCGGCCAUGACCUCCAUCCAGCCCAGUGUUGUUCCUGCAGCAGCGGACCCCCCCAUGGAGUUUUUUCCCCCCCGCCCCUGUACCUGGGACCCCCUGCUGUGCAGCGAGGCGUCGAGGGGGCAGGUUCCUCUCUCUCUGGAGCUCCUCCUCGUCUCCGCCCCCCCCUCCUGCCCAGCUGACGCCGUCAUGGUGGCCGCUCACCUGCUGAUGCUGGAGACGGGAUUCCUGCCACAGGACUGUGCUAAAGGUCAGAUGCCUGCAGGAUGGAGGUCUCCUUCUGUCUAUAAGCUGCAGUAUUCUCACCCUCUGUGCGAAAACAGCCGAGUCAUGGUGCUGGCAGUAACCAUGGGCCCUGAACUCGUCAUCAACGCCACUCUGAAGGUGGGGGAGAAAGUGGACACGGUCCCUAAGCUGUGUGUGAAGCCGGACGGAUUCCUCACCCCCCAGUGGAGAGGAGAAAGUGCAGCCGCUGCGUUCAAAGACCUGAGCAAACUGUCUCGUCUCUUCAAAGAUCAGAUUUCUUAUCCUCUGAUCGCUGCAGCUCGAGCAGCGAUGUCUCUCCCGGUGGUGUUCGGCCUCGCCGCUCUCCCCCCCGAGCUGCUGCUCAGAGUCCUCCGACUGCUCAACGUCCAAUCAGUGCUCAGCGUUUCCUCCACCUGCAAACACCUGAACAUCUGCUGCCAGGACGCGUCGCUGUGGAGGCACCUGGUGCACAGAGACCACACAGUUCGAGAUGCCAGCAGAGACACGGACUGGAAAGAGUUCUACAGAAAACACUACAAACAACGAAGGGAACGUCUUUGGCGUCACAAUCACCCUCGUCUCCUCCCCCACCCCCACCCGAUGCACCCCCACCCCCACCCGAUGCACCCCCACCCCCACCCGAUGCACCCCCCCCUCCCCCCAGGCAUCAUCGGGGGGGAAUACGACCAGCGGCCCCUCCUCCUGCUGCCCCCCCGCCCCCGAUACGACCCGAUCCACGGCCCCCCCCCCCCCUCCAGACCUGCAUCCCGGGAGACCCAGAGCCGCCUGGUGGAGGCCGGCUGACGUGAGGAGGGGCUUCAUCUGAAGAGGGAAUAAAGAUGACAACAAAUAAAUCAUUAUGACCCUUAUAUUUAACAUUAGCCUCAAUGUUGAAGGUACUAAUUCAGAUAAAGCAGUUUUGUAACACAUCUGAACAUCAAGAGUCUUUAUUUAUAACUUAUCACCCUCAUAAUUAACUUUAGCGUCAAUGUUUAAUUCAGAUAAGUAGGGUCAGGGACGCGGGAAGUCAGUCAGGUUGGGGGUGCGGGUGCUAGUAGAGCCUCACAGCGGCGAAACUGUGGCGCGCUUACACUGUAGGUGCGCCACGUUUGGGGGUGCGAGGGGGGGGGUGCUGCAGCCCCCUGAGCACCCCCCCUUCCCGCGUCCAUGAGUAGGGUUUGGUAACUUAUUUGAAUAAAACAAAGGGUUCAUCUGACGACCGUCUUCUUAGAAAUAAAACGGCACACAUCUGAACAUCAAGAGUCUUUAUUUACAACUCAUUAUGACCCUUAUAAUUAACAUUAGCGUCAAUUUUAAAGGUAAUAAAUCAGAUAAAUCAGAACGGAGGGUUUUGUAACUUCUUUUAAUAAAAUAAUCAUUUCUA